UUUCCUCAACGAAGACUCAGACAACAUUUUCGCUAAGGAAAAAGUUAUUUCAAAUCACCUCCCGAACCACCCCUUUCAAGGUGUUACAACAUUUUUGAGACACCCUGUAUACGAUAGUCAUCGGCUAUAGUCGUAGGAUUUUGUCCAUCUCAAUUUCAGCUACUAUCUACUUUGAUAUAUUGACCCUGUAUUUUGAAAGUGCAGGAAACCUUUAUUUGUUAUUGCUUUGUUGUUAGUAAAUAAACUUUGUUAUUUGUUCCAACUAGUAGUAUCCCUACAAAUAUAAGGCUUGUACUUGACUGCGUGAGUGUAUUGAUUCUAGCGUUUACAGUCGGCUAUUAUUAUUGUUCAAAACUAUCUGCGCGAAGUAUAGCCAGCAACAUUGUUAGAAUGUCAAAACAUAGUGUAUUUCGUGAGUUUUCAGUUACUUAUUGAAUUAUUAUAUUAUAUAUAUUCAUAAAGUGACAUUUUUCGACCUCCACUAUGCUCUUCUUUGCUCUUCUUCGAUAACCUAUUAGCUGUUGCAACUUCGUGUUGAAACGUAUAUAAAACUCGUUUAUGCACCAUAACCAAAUAUUUUUACAGUAAACGUAACUAGAACGAUGGUUGGCACUUUUUCUUUCUAAUGUUCGCCCCAUAUAAAAAAAUAGAUAAUAAUGAAUAUGGAAACAAGUAGUCCAUCUGGCGAAUCAAUAAAGAAAAGCAAAAGAAAGAAAAGAACAAGGGUAAAGUCAACACCUUCAGACGAGGAUGAUCCACUAGCUACUGAUCCACUAGCUACUGAUCCACUAGCUACUGAUCCAAUACCUAAUGAUCCACUAGCUAUUGAUCCACUAGCUAGGGUAAGGGUAAACUCAAUAUCUUCAGACAAGAAUUUUCUUCCUGCGUGGAAUGAUCCACUAGCUAAAGAUCCACUAGCUAACGAAGAGUAUGAAUCCAACACGGAGAAAGACGAUUCUGACUCUCAUUCAUCAUCAGACGAGGAAUCGAUAUUCAACAGCAUUCAGUAUGCACCGUUCAACAGCAUUCAACGGAAUUCAACACCAAAUCUAUAUUUGGAAGAGGAGAAACUUUUAAUCGAAAACGUUGAUUGCAAUAAUCCUUUAGCUGUAUUCAAAAUAUUCUUCACUGACUAUAUAGCAGAAAUAAUGGUAGAAGAAACGAAUAAAUAUGCCGAACAAUGUAUGAAUUCUGUAUCGAACAGGAGAAAGAACUGGAAACCUGUUACAAGAGACGAGAUAAAUACAUUUGUUGGUAUAUUGCUAAUCAUGGGUGUUGUGCAACUACCAAAACUCAGGCUAUACUGGUGUAAAAGGGCCAUGUAUAUGAACACGUGCAUAAAAAGGAGCAUGCUGCGUGAUCGUUUUUUAUCCAUAUUGAGAUAUUUACAUUUUUCGGAUGACUCAACAGCUCAAAUAGAAGACCGAUUGCAGAAAAUUCGAAAUAUCGUAGAGAAAACUUUUGUUUGUAAUAACGAAAAAACGGAGGGUGAUUUGUCUAAACAACUGUUGACUUACUAUACUUGUUUGUGGAAAAGAGUUAAGUGGUACCAAAAAAUUAUAAUAGAAUUAAUAUGCGGGACGUGCCUAAUAAAUGCGUGGUAUAUAAAUCAAAAAUGGGGUACCAACUAUAUUAAUAUUUUAAAAUUUAGGGAACGAAUUAUUUAUCAGUUAUUGCCCAAUGAUCACGACGUUAAAAAAAUGAAAAUUGAAACACCAGCAAUUCCAAAUAAAGAAUUACAUUUUUUGGAACAAUAUAAAGAGCCUUCGAGCAAGUCAAGAAAAAGAUGUAAGCAAUGUUACAAACGGUUAUCUGAGAACAAGGGUAGAGUUUGUGCCACGAGGACUGCAAAGAAGGUGUCGACUUAUUGCAAUGGUUGCGAGGGGCAGCCACCACUCUGUUUUGAGUGUUUUAAAGAAUUACAUAGUUAAGUUUUCAACCAUAUAGUAAUUGUUUCCAGUUGGUUUUUUUCGUUGUCUGAUAGAACAUUCAAGCGUAUACAGGGCCGGUGUGUCCUUCUGCGGGGCCUGAAUUCACAUUCAAAUCCUACGCUUAAAUUUUACAACGAGGAAUUAUUUAUUCACAAAUGCCGUUACUUAUUAUAUAUUUUUUAUAAGAUGAAUAUUAAAUAAUAAUACUUUGACGAUUUUUGUCACUCCUUUAAACUGAAUCAUCGCUACUAAAAAAAUGUCUUGCAUCUGUUGAUGGUAUCAUCAUUCUGUAAGAAGUUAAUCAAAUUCGAUGCCUUUUGAUUGGGUAAUUUUCGUUGACUGCGGGGCCUCUUGAGACGCGGGGCCCGGUUCUGGCGAACGCGCUGAACCUGCCUUGCGCCGGCCCUGAGUGUGUACCACCGGUGGUACACGUCGCCCGACGAGAGAUUGGAACCUGCCUUGCGUCUGCCCUGAGUGUAUUUUGAUUUGAUUCUUUAUUACAGUGUGAGUCCUGACGGACUGAUUACACUGUUCGACAGUACAAAAAUAUAUUUCUAUCCGCACCAAUAA